AUGCUACCUGCCCUGCCAGGUGUACCGAGUGGCGAUGUGGAUGCGUUUGUGGGGUGGGAGCUCGCCCAAAAGAACUCUUUUGGUGGAUAUGCAGACUCCCACAAGCAGGCUUAUCCAAGCCGUUCCCUGCAGCUCCUGGUCCACAGCAGAGCUUGGAGGCACAAUUCAGAACUGGAGACCCUUGUGAAGCAGGGGGCCCUGCCACCUGCAGUGAAGGGGAUCCCUUCGCCACAGCAAAGUCUUUCAGCCUCAGCCAGCGCAGAGGUACCCACAGGUUUCCCAGAGACCCAACGUGACAACGAUUCGGAUGAAGAGUUCAUUUCCAACAAAAAGACAGUGGUUUCCAACGUCUAUGCACCUCAGGGGUUGGUUACUCCACAACAGCCCCGGCCCAAACCGAGCCCCACUUCAGCACCACAGGUGGCCAGGAUCCCUGUGUUGUCAGAGAGUGAAAGAAAGGCAAUUAUGGCUGAGCCAAACAGGUUGCCAAACCCAGAUUCCCCAAAUGCUAGCCCAGGAACCAUUUCCAAUUCCGAUGGGACCAUUCAAAGUUAUCCGGGGACCCAUGUGGAGGCAGAACCCUUUGAGGCUGAUUGGGAUGAGAUUCCAGAUAUCAGUGAUGCAUUGGCCCCACGGUUCAAAACACAUGAACACCAUCUGACACCGGAAGCCAUCCGGAGUCGUUCCAAGAGAAUUUUCACCAAACGGGCUGAUGGUAGCAAGAAGGUAACCAUCGAGGGUGAAUUUGUUACCCAAGCCACUAUGGAAUCUUGGGGGUGGUCUGAGCAGCGCAUAGAAGCCGUCAAGAAGCACUGCCGAUCCCAGCCAAAGAAGCUCUUGAGGCGUGAUACCUACCAGCAAAUCACCUUGUUCUAUGUCGAGAAGGCCGUGAAGGGAAGCUACAAGCAAGCCUCCCGAGUGGAGGUCACGAAGCGAGCCCGCUUGCAUGAGAAGGGUAUUGGUGGAAUGUCCCUCAGCCAUGAGGGCCCCUUUGCUGAUGGACAAGAAGGCAAUGAUGAUGUUGACCUGACGAAGUCGGAUGACGACACCAAUGACGAUGCAGGCAUCAAGUUGAGGAAACAGCUUGGCAUCCCGGAGGCUGACCCAGAUGCUUUACCCAGUGCAUCCCUGAACAAGACUGCGUUGGCAAAGCGGAUCAGCAAGGUCGCCGCAUUCAAGGUAAAGUUUGUGGCUCCACAAGAUGGGCAGCUGACAGAAGUGCAAACCAGGCUGGCAGCGGCCCUGAGUGCUUCAGUGACAUCGCUAGAGGAGAUUCACACGGAGAUAUCGAAUGCCUACUCCAAGGGUGUGGUUCAAGGAUUCAAGAGAGAGGAAGAGGAAGAUCUGAAGAAAUUGGUUGACAAGGCUAUGACCAGGCCUUUUCAGCCCAAGCAGACCUCUGCUGAGCCCAAAGCGAAGGCGAAGGCCCAUGGGAAGGCGAAGCCGAAGCCGAAACCUCAGAGCAGACGUGCGGCAAAGGAAGAACACCGUUCCCCUGACCAUAGCAAGGGCCAGGGCAAAGGUGCCCAACAUCGACCAGAACCGCCUGGAGAAACUGCGCACAACUAUGCGGAGGUUUUAGCUGAUGGCGCUCCAGCUGCUACACUUUCUCAUUUUGCUGCUGUAGCAAGAGAGGAGGUGCAGCCAGGUCUCAGCGGAGAACGUAGUCGCAAAAAUGCAAGCCGUGAUGCACAUUAUUUUAUCAACAAAUGGGGCUUGACUUGGAAAAUUCCAUUGUCCUAUGUGGAUGUGGAGCAUGAUGGUGAAACAGUGAAAUUUGCUUACAUCAAACCAUUGGACUUCUUGAACUACUUGACACAAAAAGCACCUGAAUUGUUGAUGGGUGGUUGCCCCAACCUGGAUGAUGGGCAAGCGCAGCUGGAAUCAUUCUGGAAAGCUUAUUCCCAUAUACACCCGACACACUGUCUUUUCAAAGAACAAAAGUCUGAGCGUUCUUUAUCCAACACUUUUGCUUUGGCGAUUCAUGGAGAUGAGGGACGUGGUUUGAAAAGAGGCAACACCACCAUUCUUAUGAUGGAGACUUGCGUGGGGUUGGACACUUGGGCCAACUGGGUCAACAAAAAGGGUGCUUCGACUUGCGAGGAUUGUAGCCUUGAUGAGCCAGCCAGGAAAAGGUUACGCUUGGACCAUAGUGCCCCAGCUUCAGCCAUGAACCCUGCCUGCUAUCAGACUACGAACUUGAAACAGCAUUCUUUCUUGACAAAAUUUGUUUUGGCUGCGCUUCCUAAGAAGAACAAGGAAUUAGUAGAUGCAGUUUUGACUGAGAUCGUCCGGGACUUCAACAUUUUGUUUGAAACUGGAUUUUGCAGUGGUGGCCGUCGGUGGUUUGGAGCAUGUACUGGCAGCAAAGGGGACUUGAAAUGGGUGCAGCGUAUUGCUGAACUUGAGCGAUCAUUUGGCUCCCAAAUUUCCAUUGGCAAACCAAUGUGCCAUGAAUGCAUGGCAGGUACUCCUGAGCUACCAUUUGAAGACUCAACCCAUGAGCCGUUGUGGGGUCCAACUUGUUACACUGUCCGUCCCUUUUCUGUGAAGCCAAUUUUGUGUCACAUACCGUUUGAAUACGAAGGUGGGGAUGAUAAUCCUCCCUACGAACGGUUUUUUCGCCGGGACAUUUUCCACAAUACGAAGCAGGGAGUAUAUACAGAGACUUCAUUGCCAGUUGCGUGA